UCUCGUCAACACCAGGGUAACUAUCGGUCAGUUGAGGAGGGGAUAGUAACUGUAUUGACCGACAGAGGGCAGAAACGUACCGACGAGUCUGCUUACCAUGAUACAGCAAAAGGAUCGAAGAAGUAAUGGAAACGAUGCUGCUGCUAACAACUGUCCCUCGAUAAUACUCACAACAAACACUGUCAUGUUUAACAUUGGUUAAACAGUCCAUAGGCAGUGUGAGUGCUACAGAACCAGCUCUCCUGUCAAACCCAAAAAGGGGACAUCAGAGCUAUGGCAGCUGCACAGUCUGCUGUAACGUUUGCAGUGUGCAUCCUCAUGAUAACAGAGCUGAUACUUGCCAAGAAGGACUACUAUGAUAUACUGGGAGUGCCUAAAGAUGCCUCUGAGCGACAGAUAAAAAAGGCUUUCCACAGGCUUGCAAUGAAAUAUCACCCUGAUAAGAACAAGAGUCCAGAUGCUGAAGUGAGAUUCAGGGAAAUUGCUGAAGCUUAUGAAACUUUGUCAGAUGAAACCAGAAGAAGAGAAUAUAACCAAUUUGGUGACACCUCUGCAUACUCCACUCAAGGCAGACAUACACAGGGAACGCACCAACCUUUCAGCUUCAACUUUGAUGACAUAUUCAAAGACUUUGACAUCUACAGCCAGAACAGGCACGCCCGUCACCGAAGACACUUUGAUGAACACUCCAGGUCCCAAAAGGAUUCCCACAGCAGACACAAGAGACACUUUCAAGGAGGUUUUGGAGCAGGUAUCUUUGAUGACAUGUUUGAAGACAUAGAGAGAAUGUUUACUUUUGACAGACACACCAAGCAGACUGAAAACAGGUUUCAUGGUGCAUCAAAACAACACUGUAGAACAGUGACACAACGCAGAGGGAAUAUGGUAACCACGUACACAGACUGUACUGCACCUUAAGAUGCGAUGUACAGUGACUUAAAACUUAAACUUGCCUUAAGAAGAUGCAAUACUGGUGUAUUGAUUAGGUAACUGAAAGCCACUUGGUUCAAAUGCUGCGAAAUUUGAACUGUGACAUUUAGAACUGACAUUCAGGCACAGAAUGACAAGCACUGACUAAACAGUUUACUUAGCUUAGGUCAAAAUUCAAAUAAGCUAUGUUUUCAAGCUAUUCCCUGUGUGGACUUGUAAAAGAUUGUAGUGGUUUUUCACUUCUUGUUGAAGUGAGCUGAUAGAGAGUAUUUUGUCAGUAUUUUUUCAAGCACCUUCCCAUGAUAGCUGAGUUUGAAAACAUUGUUAAUUUUACUGUUUUAAGAAAUAAAAUAGUCCUGGCACACAAAUGCAUGUGUCAGUUCACCACUAGUUCACCUGCUACUCUGUUUUUGUAUAGUUUUUAGUUUCUUUUGUAUAGGUUUUGCUAUUGUAAGUUUCAAAUCACAGCUAAAGGCAGAGACAAUAGCAUCCAGUGGAGUUUUGCUUAUGGUUGUCAAAUGGGGAGCAAUGUCAACAAAAACCCAGGACCCUGCACAUGUUGGGGUGUUCAGUGGGUAUUUUUGGGUUUGUACUACAUCUUGUUGGAAUGUCUGUACUCUACGAUGCCAGUCUCACUUUUGAACAAAGUACAUUUUAAUGUUGUAGUUAAAUCUCAAGCAGUAAUACAAAAGAAUUGUAAAUGCCCCUAAAUUAUGAAAUAUAAUUAGGGAAGAGGAAUAUGUGAAUAUAGAAAUGUUUAUGACACUCUUUUAUUGGAAGUGGCCUAGAUAGACCUGCAAAUAAAUUCAAGACAAACUGUUUCAGUUUUGAUUUGGCUACAUCUUAUAAUCAGUCCAAAAGAAAAUAGCCAAAGACACUGAAACUUCAGAAGUAAUCAGAGUUAAAUCAACACUCAAAACAACAAUCAAAAAUCAAAACAGAGCAAGUUUCACACGAAAUUGCAAACAAUGGAAAAGUCACUGGUUUAAUUUAUACAUUUAAUUAAACCUGCUCUUUACUUUUUAAAUGUUGAAUAUUUAGUAUGGAUUCACAGUUUCACUACAUGAAAUUGAACCACUAUUCCUGAAAUGUAGGUAUUGAAAAACCUCUGACUGACAUUUAAUUUAACUGGCAGUGGACCACUUGAACCAUAAGCUACAGUAUGUACUAGAGGUUUCAUGACUACUAUUGUAUAUAUUUUUGGAUGAAGAUCAAGUGAAAGAAUACUGCAGUACAAAGCUGAAGAAAUAAUUAUAUGUACAAACAAGCAUCAAUGUUCUGCAUAUGACUAGUUGCUGAAACACUCAGUAAAUACUGUAGAAGAGGAAACUUUUCCUGUCGUGUUACCUCAUUCCUGUAAACUAGGUACAGUGACAUUCUCCUUUGACAUUGUGCUGUGCAAUAUUUAUUUUCUACAUUGAUGUAAAAUAUCCAGUAGCACUUUCAAUUUUGCAUAAAAUUCCACAUACGUGUGUUGUUUUUAAAGAAUGUGUUUGGAGAAA